AUGACGAAAAACAAAAACCAUGCUAAGAACAUGCAGCAGAAAGGACAGGCUUCUUCAUCUAGUGAACCGCCUCUGUGGCUCACGGAUCGCGACAAUAACAAUACCGCGCCAAUUUUCUUCUGGAAACCACAAGAAGCAUGGGGCUUCCUCGGACAAUGGUACCCUUCAUCUUUCAAGGGACCUCUUCCGGAGUUCUGCCACGACGGUCCUGAUUGCACGCAAUGUGAGGCAGAGAGGAAAAGGUUUGGCUGUGCUGAGCAAUAUAUGAUGUACCACAAAGCCCUCACCUUCAAUGACACAAAAACAUCAGAACAGAUUCUAGCCACCGACGACCCCAAAACGAUGAAAGCCCUUGGCCGCAAAGUCCACGGCUUCACAGAUCAUGCCUGGGACGAUGUCAAAUUCGACGUCGUCGUCCAAGCAAGUCUCCUCAAAUUUGGCGUGGAAGCAAAUUGUGAGGCGAGAGCAGAUGAUAGCUUUGCGUACGGUGGGGUCGGACGUCGUCACGAUCAAAAUGUGGUGAGGUUGAGGGAGAUGUUGUUGAGCACAGGGACUAGAGAGCUGGUGGAGGCGAGUGCGUUGGAUAGAAUUUGGGGAAUUGGGUUCUCCCCUGAGGAGGCGGGUGGGCAUGGGGAGGAGGAGAGGUUAAAGUGGGGGAAGAAUCUGCUUGGGAGGGCGUUGAUGGAGGCUAGGAGGCGUAUCAGGGUUGAGGAGGGAUUGGAAAUUGAGCAGGACGAAGGUCAAGAGGAGGAUUGA